UUCCUGUACAUAAUGGAACCUAAAGUGAAAGUUACAGAAAGAAUCAGAGAGUUACUUCAAGAUGUAACUGAAAGACUGGAAACUGACACAACAAAUGAGAUAGAAGAAAUAAAAAAAUACAUUCAUAAAAAUGAAAAGAAUACCGAAAUACCAUUUAAACUUGUUCAUUUUGCAUAUAAAAACAGAAAACCAGAAAAAAGCAGUUUAUAUUUAAAUGAACUUUUAGAAGACAGUGAUCUUGUGUUAGAGGAAUACAUUCCACCUAUAAGAAAUUCAGAACUUGAAGCUAGGAUUAAAAAACUGAAGACACAACAAGAGAACAAAGACUACAAAGAGAUGACAAAAAAUGUUGGAACAUUCAAGGUUCAUGAACCAGGUUCAGUUGGAAAAGAAUUGAAACAACUGAACAAUCAGAUGAUAGGAGUGUUUAACUUUGUGUUGACAGUGGGCGGGGCUUUUGUCUUUGGAUACAAGGCUACACAGUACACAUUUGCAGAUUCUGGGCAAGAUACUUUCCCUUUGCAAUUGAUGUCUGGAUUAAUACUUGGUACCAUCGUGUUCUUUGCUGACCUAUAUUUCUUAGUGAAAGAGGACAUGAGGUGACACAUAAGGGAGAUAAUCCAGUCUGUUUUUUACAGUGCAGUCACAUUUAAUAUGAAACUGAAUGGAGCCAAACCAAUCAGAAUGCCUAGAACUAUAGACCAAGUCAAACCACUAAUGAAGACGAUGAAUUGUAGAUGAAGUCGGUGCUAGAAUCAAGACUCGUUAUUUAUCUAUUUAUUGAAAUAAUAAACAGAGAUUAAGU